AUGACCUCCAUAUUUGUUAAAAACACGUUUCUGAUGGAUGUGUUGGAAUAUUUCAACGUCGUUCACAUACACGAGCCCCUUCCUGAGGGUCAGACCGCCAAUAGUGAAAGUGACCUGGAGAAACAGGUGACAAAUAUGGGCCAGGACUCUUUGUCUAGUUCAGGAAGUGGCGAGGAUUCUACAGGUGCUGCAGAUGGACAAGGCGAAUACGGUUCCGUUCUUCAGAAGAAUGGAACAGACCCGUUCCUAGUAGACUGGUACGGUCCCCAGGACCCAGAUUACCCUGUCAAUUGGACAAUGGCCAAAAAAAUAUUCCUAGUGAUCCAAAUUAUGCUUCUAACAUGUUUGACGUAUAUGGGAUCCUCUAUUUAUACACCAGGGCAGGAGGAAAUUCAAAAGGAUUUCCACGUCGGUCAUGUCACAGCCACUUUAAACCUAUCCAUGUACGUUCUCGGCUACGGACUGGGUCCAAUCAUAUUUUCCCCUCUGUCUGAAGUUGCGAAAUUCGGCAGGCAACAAAUUUAUAUAUACACAUUCUUCCUCUUCAUGGUGUUCCAAGUUGGUUGUGCCACAGUAAAGAACAUUGGUGGGUUAGUCGUCCUAAGGUUUUUUUCUGGUAUUCUAUGCUCCCCAUCGUUAGCCACGGGUGGUGCCACUAUGGGUGAUAUAGUAGAGGCUAAAUGGCGUCCCGUUUUAAUUGGUCUUUGGGCUAUUGGGGCAGUUGCCGCACCAGUAUUGGCUCCAUUGUUAGGUGCAGCCAUGGUUGUCGCCAAAAAUUGGAGAUGGAUCUUCUGGUUAAUGCUGUGGAUGUGUGGUGCUAGUUUGAUUUUAUUUGUCAUCUGUUUUCCAGAGACUUCAGCAAACAAUAUUUUAUCCCGUCGUGCCAGAAGAUUAAGAAAGCAAACGGGUGACGAUAGGUACUACACUACACAGGAGCGGAUUGACAGUGCUAUUGAGCCGAAGCAGUUUUUGAUUACCACGCUUUACAGACCCAUCAAGAUGAUACUGCUAGAGCCCAUCAUUAUGGCCUUCGACUUAUACAUUGCGUUAUGUUACGGUGCAUUCUACUUGUUCUUUGAGGCGUUCCCCAUUGUCUUCAUCGGGUUAUACAAAUUCACUCUUGUUGAAAUGGGUGUAGCUUAUUUUGGAUUCUGCGUUGGUUGCAUAUUCGCGUACGCUCUAUUAUUGCUCUUCUUGGCCAAAGUUUUAGGUCCUAGGUUUGAGAAAGGCGAAGGAACCCCGGAAACAUUCCUACUGCUAGCUAUGUGUGUCAGUUGGUGUUUACCAUGUGCAUUGUUUUUGUUUGGCUGGGCAGCCAAUACGCAUUGGAUUGUUCCGAUCAUUGCGGAAGGUAUCUUUGUCAUUGCAGUGUUCAACCUUUUCCAAGCUUCAUUCGCAUACUUGAGUGUAUGUUACCCAAAAUACGUAGCUUCGGUAUUCGCAGGGAACGGGUUUUGUCGUGCCGUUUUCGCUUGUGCAUUCCCAUUGUUCGGUAAGGCGAUGUACGACAACUUGGCUAUUGAUGGUUACCCAGUUGGCUGGGGGUCAUCCUUGGUUGGUUUCAUCACAAUGUUUUUGGCCGCAAUCCCAUUCGUUCUUUACAAGUAUGGUCCAGCGUUGCGUGCCAAGUCCAGAUUUAAGGAUUAG